GCGAAAUCAUGACGUCACGAUUUUCGUACUGAAGCUGCGCAUGCGCUGUGAGGGGGAAACAGGGGAACUGAAUUCACCGGAACACCGGGUUGCAUGAAGCGAUGCCAUAGAAAUAUGUACAGAGCGAAAACGAAAGUUCCAACAGAAUUCUAAAGAUGGCUGCGCACUUGUUUCUCUGAUCUGACGCAGCAGUUACUGAAUGAUAGAAACGAUGUGAGAUUAAACGCCAGAUGCCCUGACAUACCAAGGAGAGAGAAGAGGAGUGCACUGCCUCUAAAAUGAGCCGCUGUGAGGAGAGAGAGGAGGAGGAUGCUGUUCAGACCCAGACAGCAGCAUCUCCAGACUCUAGCUGUGUGUCUGUGAAGAGUGACGGCUCCAUGGCCAAACCUCCUGGCUUUAGUGAUGGAGCGGGAGUCUCUAAUUCCAGACCCCACACUCAGACAGCAGCAUCUCCAGUUUCUAGCUGUGUGUCAAUGAAGAGUGACGGCUCCAUGGCCAAACCUCCUGGCUUUAGUGAUGGAGCGGGAACCUCUGAUUCGAGCUCCACUGCAGCGUCCGAUGUGCUCCGUGCUGCCUGCGGUGAGAGGAAGCCCAGAGCUGUGAAGUCCUGUCUGAUCUGCGCUGCGUUCUACUCCGAGACCCACAUCAGGCAACGCUACGCAGAACCAGCCAUGCACACACUGGUGGAGGAGACUGGAGCUCUGGAGAAGGAUUCACACCAACUAGUGGAUGAUGUCUUGCAGAGAGUCAAAGAGAAACACAAAACCAGCAUGAAAGGGAAGUAUGAGAGCUUAUUUGAAGGAAUCAAGCUACAAGAGAACCAAACCCUCCUGAACAGCAUCUACACACAGCUCUACAUCAUCGAGGGAGAACGAGAAGGAGUGAAUGAAGAGCAUGAGGUUUUACAGAUGGAGAAAACGCCCAGAACACAACACUCACAAGACACUCCAAUCAACUGCAAUGACAUUUUUGAUCCCUUACCUGAACCAGGCUAUGAGAAGAAUAACAGAAUGAGGAAGGACAAAAUCAAGACUGUUCUUACUAAAGGCAUCGCUGGAAUCGGAAAAACCGUCUCUGUGCAGAAGUUCAUUCUGGACUGGGCCGAGGGAAAAUCCAAUCAGGAUGUAGAUUUCAUGUUUGUGCUCACAUUUCGAGAGCUGAACUUGAUUCGAGAUCAUCAGUACAGUCUUCACAGACUUCUGCUGGACUUUCAACCUGGACUUCAAGAUCUGGACCCAAAGGUAUAUGAUCUAUGUAAAGUUGUGUUCGUUUUUGACGGUCUGGAUGAAAGCAGAAUUAAACUUGAGUUUUCAGACGAUCAGAAAGUGUCUGAUGUGACUGAGACUUCAUCAUUGGGUGUGUUGAUGUCAAAGCUCAUCAAAGGGGAUCUGCUUCCAUCUGCUCUCAUCUGGAUCACCUCCAGACCAGCAGCAGCCAAUCAGAUCCCCUCCAAAUACAUCCACCGUCUGACAGAAAUUCAGGGAUUCAGUGACCCUCAAAAGGAGGAGUAUUUCAGGAAGAGAAUCAGUGACCAGCAUCAAGCCAGCAGAGUCAUCUCACACAUUAAAGCAGCAAGAAGUCUCCACAUCAUGUGCUACAUCCCAGUCUUCUGUUGGAUCUCAGCCACUGUGCUUCAGAGCAUCACGAAACAAGAUCACUGUGCGGAAGUCCCCAAAACUCUGACUGAAAUGUACAUACACUUCUUGAUUAUUCAGACAAAUGUAAGAAAUCAGAAGUAUGAUGAGAAAGACGAGAGAGAUCCACGGAAGCUCCUGCAGUCAAACAGGGGAGUGAUUGUGAAGCUUUCCGAACUGGCUUUCAAACAACUGAUGCGUGGAAAUAUCAUGUUCUAUGAUGAGGACCUGAGAGAGUGUGGCAUAGACGUCACUGAGGCCUCGGUGUAUUCUGGGAUUUGCACUGAGAUCUUUAAGGAAGAAUAUGUGAUUUAUCGGAGGAAAGUCUACUGCUUCAUACACCUGAGCUUUCAGGAGUUUCUUGCAGCCUUUUAUGUCUUUUACUCCUAUGUAAGUACCACUUCUGAUGCCUUGAAAGUUUUUGAUUUACUUCAUAAUUUGCAUAAAGGAGUACUGGAUAAAGCUGUAAAGAACGAGAAUGGACGCAUGGAUCUUUUCGUCCGGUUCCUGCUGGGCAUCUCACUGGAGUCCAAUCAGAGACUGUUACAGGGGCUACUGACACACACAGAGAACAGCUCGGAGAGCAUCAAGGAAACCAUAAAGUACAUCAAGGACAAAAUCAAAGAAUGGAAAAACACUCUUUCAGCUGAAAGAUCCAUCAAUCUGUUCCUCUGUCUGCUUGAAAUGAACGAUCAGACUCUGCAAAGAGAGAUUCUGGAGUUUCUGAAAUCAGACGAACACUCAGAAAAAGAACUGUCUGCUGCGCACUGCUCAGCCAUAGCCUACAUACUUCAGAUAUCAGAGGAGGCACUGGAUGAGCUGGACCUUAAGGAAUACAACACAUCAGAGGAAGGUAGAAGGAGACUGAUACCAGCUGUGAGAAACUGCAGAAAAGCUGUUCUUGCAGACUGCAAUAUCACUGAUCAGUGCUGUGAAACUGUGGCCUCAGCUCUACAAUUAUCAGACUCUCCCCUGAGAGAGCUGGACCUGAGUAACAAUGACCUGCGGGAUUCAGGAGUGAAGCUGCUCUCUACUGGACUAAUGAGUCCAAACUGUCAACUGCAGAUACUGAGAUUGUCUGGCUGUAUGGUGACACAGGAGGGCUGUUCUCAUCUGGCCUCAGCUCUGAGUUCAAACCCCUCACAUCUGAGAGAGCUGGAUCUGAGCUACAAUGACCCAGGAGAUUCAGGAGUGAAGCUGCUCUCUGAGAGACGGAGCCAUCCAAACUGCAAACUAGAGAUACUCAAUUUGGACCAUGGAGGACAUUUCAGAAUCACACCAGGACUACACAAAUACACCUGUAAUCUCACACUGGACAUAAACACAGCAAACAACCAUCUCUCUCUGUCUGAGGGGGAAAAAAAGGCGACACGAGUGGAAGAGGAGCUGCCUUAUUCUGAUCACCCAGAGAGAUUUGACUGCUUUGAACAAGUUUUGUGCAGAGAGAGUCUAUCUGAACGCCAUUACUGGGAGGCUGAGUGGAGUGCGAGGGGAGCUGGAUUGUCAGUGAUGUAUAAGGGAAUCCAAAGAACGGGAAGCGACUGUAGGUUUGGCCUCAAUGAAAUGUCCUGGAGUCUGAUCUGCUUUGAUAACAAAUACUCUGCCUGGCACAGCAAUAAGAGAACCAACUUGCUUGCCCCUUCUCCCUCCUCUAAUAGAGUGGGAGUGUAUCUGGACUGGCCAGCCGGCAAGCUGUCCUUCUACAGUGUGUCUGACACACACACACUUAUUCACUUACACACAUACCACGCCACAUUUACCGAGCCCCUCUAUGCUGGAAUUAGGCUUUAUCCAGAUUCUUCAGUUUCACUGUGUUAGAAUGAAGAGCUUCGUAAUAUAGCGUAAUAUAUAUAUAUAUAUAUUAGUAUAUAUAGCACUUACUACCCAACUAACCAAAAACAGGAAUGGAAAUGUAUGGAAACAAAUAGUGGUGCAAGUCUCCAUACUUGCUGAAAAUAGCAACUUCAAACCUCAAAACUGGUCCAAUUGAAGAAAUCUCACAAGAAUGUUGCUGGUGGAAUGACUGAGACUUAGCAUUGUAAGUCUCAUUUGUAAGUUGCUUUGGAUAAAAGCGUCUGCUAAAUGAUAAAAUGUGAAUGUAAAUAUGAUGCUCAGAUGAAAAGUCAAGAGAAGAUGCUCAGAAAUGUCAAGAUAAAUAAUAAGAGCAUAGUCAGUCAAUAAAUGUUUAUAAGUGUUGAUAUAAUAAUUUGUUGCCUUGGAGCCCCCAGACUUUGAAAAUAUUUACACAAUUAUAUUGUUUAGUCUACAAAUGUCUGCUGUAAGUAAAAAAAAAAAAGAGGAUUCUCAAAUGAUUAAAAAAAAUAUAUAUAUAUUUGCAAAAUAACGUGCAUAAAAAUUUUCUGUGGCAGCGUUUCACACAGUAAUCACUUAUAUGUAAAAUAGCAGAUCAUGUGGCAAAACAUGGUGGUUAUGGUUAUGCAAAAUAACAUGCAACCAACCUCAGGACAUAAGCGAAACAAUAUUAUCUCAAAUUUGCUAAAUCUAAACUACAUUUACAUUUAUGCAUUUAGCAUACACUUUUAUCCAAAGUGACUUGCAAAAGAGGAACAAAGCAAUGCAUCAAAGAGCCAGCUGUCGUUGUAGUACUGUACACAAUGCCAGUUUUAUUAGUCUAGAUUAGGAAACCAGCAUACAAACUAAGUACACGAAUCAUCCAAAUGUUUGCUAUUCGAGUAUUUAAGCAGUGAUCUAGACCGCUAACUCAGGUCACUUUAAUUAAAUAUAAAUAUAAUGAUGAUAUAAAUAUAAUCAUUAAAAUUAAUGAUGGUGAUGUGUACAAAAAAGUGUGUACAUGUGGUCAGAAAAAAACUUGACUUAGACUUCCUCUGCUUGAUGUGCUUAAACUUUUUCCCUUUGUUCCGUGGAGGAAACCAAGUUUCUUCAGUGUUAAUCAUGUGUUUUAACUACAGCUAUUAUAAAGUAUGUGUGUUGUUACUUUUGUCACGUCAUGGACUGUUUUGUGUUUGUUUUCCUCCACGUGUUCCAUGUUUUCCAUGACCUAGUUUCUCCCGGGUUUCCUGCCCAUAUUUGGUUUUCCUGUUCCUGUUCCCAUUGAGUUCCAUUUGUUUCAGCUGUGUCCCGGUAAUCUCCUCGUUUAGUUCUGAGUACUUAAGCCCUGUGUUUUCCCAUGUCUAGCGUCCAGUGUGAACGUCUAUGUUGUGCUACAUGUGUCUCCAGCCAGCCCUGUAUUACCCUAGGUUUAUUUAUUAAAGACCGUUGUUCGUAUUUAUCCUUCGUCUCCGCGUUCCUUGCUCCUCUCCGUAGGCAAUCGUGACAGAACACUGGACCUGAAACAAUAAGCGACGCCCCCUCUCCUCAUUUUGGUUUCCGUUUUGAAAGUGUUUUGUUUUCCGUGCCCCCCCCGCCCGAAUCAUGGAUAAUGCCGCAAAAUUCUCCGCCCUAGCCUGCAGGGAUCUCACCUUUUGUCGAGUUUAUGGAGAAUUCUGCGGGCUCGCCAUUAUGACGGCGCUGGAUGACGCAACGCUGAAUUCUCUGUUCUGGAUUGGGGCCAACUACCAUCGCCCCGUCGACCUCCCA